UUGGCCGUCUUUUGGAUAUUUUUCCGUUUUUGUGGAUGAAUGACGUUCGUUUGCUUGAAUCUCUCAUCUAAACAAAAGGAUGAAUCUACAACAGCACAGAGAGACCGAAUGGAUGUUGUGCGCCAUUCUUCUUUGUUUAUGUGACUGGUCUGCAGCUCAGAUUUCCUACUCUGUUUCCGAGGAGGUGGACAAAGGCACAGUGGUGGGGAAUCUCGCUAAGGAUUUAAACAUUCAUUCACAGCAACUGGAGGAACGGGGAUUUCAGAUUGUUUCGGCAUACAGUAAGAAAUAUUUCGAGGCGAAUUUAAGAACGGGGGCUCUCGUUGUGAACGAGAGAAUAGACCGCGAGGAGCUUUGUCCGAAUUUGCCUAAGUGUUCAUUAAAUAUAGAGGGACUACUGAGCAAUCCAAUUAAUAUUUAUCGCAUUGAGGUCAGUAUUCUUGACAUCAACGAUAAUGCACCAUCAUUUCUCGAGCAAAUCCAUGUGUUUAAUAUCUCCGAGUCUUCUUCAACGGGAGAGAGGUAUCCGCUCCCAGUAGCCCAAGAUGCAGACACGGGCAGCAAUUCUGUGAAAUCGUACAAGUUAAGUCCGAACGAGCAUUUUUCCGUAGAUGUGAGUAGCGGAGAAGACGGUGCUUCCGCUGAGUUAGUGCUGCAGAAAGCUUUAGACAGAGAGAAACAGCCCACUGUUAAACUGACACUAACCGCUGUAGACGGAGGAAAGCCCUCUCGGUCUGGUACAAUGCAGAUUCUUGUGAAUGUGAUAGACUCGAAUGAUAACACUCCUACGUUUAGCAAACCGCUUUAUAAAGUAAGAGUCAAAGAAAAUUCACCUAUUGGUACAACCGUAUUAAAACUAAAUGCAACUGAUUUAGAUGACGGUCCACAUUCAGACAUCAGAUAUUCUUUAAUGAAAAGGGGGAGUGUGAACGCUCCUGAAAAAUUCAUUGUUAGUCCGGAGAGCGGUGAAAUCACAGUGAAGGCUAAUUUGGAUUAUGAGGAAAGCAAUGCAUAUGAAUUACGAGUACAAGCAACAGACCAGGGCAUGUCUCCUCGCAGUGGUUAUUCUAAAGUGCUGGUCGAGGUUGUCGAUGUUAAUGACAAUGCACCAGAAAUCUCUGUAACCUCACUAAUGAGUCCAGUGAAGGAAAGUGCUGAAAUUGGAACAGUUGUUGCUUUGGUGACUGUGACUGAUAAAGAUGGAGGGCAAAAUGGCCUCACUGCUUGUAAAAUCAAAGACUCCGUUCCUUUCACAUUAACUUCAAAUUACAAAAACUAUUACUCUUUGACAGUUGAUGGCCUCCUUGACAGAGAGAUUGUGUCACAGUACAAUGUCACCAUUACUGCUGUGGAUGAAGGUAGUCCACCUCUUUCUAGCACUGCCGUAAUCACUGUACACAUUUCAGAUAUUAAUGACAACGCGCCUCGUUUCCCAGAGGCCAAUAUAAGUAUUUACGUGAGGGAGAAUAGUAAAGUGGGUGAAAUUAUUACAAGGACAACUGCACAUGAUGCAGAUGCAAAUGAAAAUGCUGAAUUAACCUAUUCAUUAAUUGAUAAUUAUCCGAAAGGUUUUCCAAUUUCAUCAGUUGUAAACAUCAACUCAGAGACUGGAGAUAUAGUCAGCCUGCAGUCUUUUAACUAUGAGGAGUUAAAAACGUUUCAGUUUAAAGUUCAGGCCACAGACUCUGGUGUUCCUCCGCUCAGCAGCAACGUGACUGUCAACCUUUUUAUUCUGGAUGAAAAUGACAAUAAUCCAACAAUUCUCGCGCCC